GGUUAACCAGAUAAUUCGUCUAGGGGUGGGAAUAGAAAACUGUCAGAAGUUAUUCUGUCGUCUUUUUUUGCGCUUGCCCGCCUUCAAUGAGUUGAAUUCAUUCAUAGCAGGACUCAGAAUGGAGGACACAUCGCAACAAGAGAAACAAGAGUUGGAAUAUAAAAAUCCAAAUGAAGAGGAAGGUGGGAUCCGUCGCCGAUUGCGAGACAGGGACCUUCUCAGGAAGAGAAAGGCCGAAGCAGAAGAGAAGGAAACUAACCAGUGGGUUUUUGGGGUGGAGAGCCAACGGAAAAGAUCAAGAGCUGAGGACAAGAGCGGUGCGAAGAAGAGAGGGAGGCCCAGGAAGACUGAACCCACACCGCAGCUGUCUGCUGUUCAGGAAGAAGUCGAAGCACUUAAGGAAACUCCUGCAGUAGUGGUGGUACCCGAACCCGCUGUGGUCAUUCAGGACCAAAUAACCAGCUCUCUGCCUCCGCUGUUUGGGCUGGAAUCACAACCAGCUUCAGUCCUUGCUGCUCCUGCUCCUGCAGCAGUGUUCGAGUCUGUGCAGAAUUCAGCUCCUGCUCCAACUCUGGCUUUUGCUGCUCCAGUUCCCGUCCAAGAUUCAGCUCCUGCUCCAGAUGCUGUCUUAGUCCCAGCUCAGUCCCUAGACUCUGUUCCAGCUGUAACUCCUGCUCCUCCCUCAGCUCCUCCCCAAGUGGAGACCCUCUAUACAGAGUCACAAAGCAAGGAGGCCCCAGGCCAGGUCCUGAUUGAGGACUUAGGCCCAGAUGAGGAGGAGGACGUCUCUCCAUUGCAAGGCAACAAACGUGCUAAUGAAGAUUUGAGUGAAACACUUUCGAUCAACGUGCCUGAACAAAAUAACGUGUACUCAGUUCCAACUGUCUCUGCUCAGCCUAUGGCUCAGGAAUAUUUUCCAGGAAAUUAAUUGCAACAUUUUUUUUUUCUGAAAUGCACUGUUAAGAUAUUGCUUUAUACAUGCAAAGCCUCGUCACAGUUUGUAUCUGAGUAUUUUUCUUCUUCUUUUUUUGUGUAGUGUGCACACACAAGAUGAGGCAAGUCAUUGCUUAUUUGAAAGAUGUAUGAAUUCAAACCAAAGCUGUAUGCUUAUUUAUUUUGGUUGUGCUUCACUGCAAAGCUUAUGAUCUUUUUUUUAUAUACUUUCAAUUUAGUAUGCAACCAGUUUUGCUGGCCUUUAUUUAAAAGUUAAGGGUAUAAAUCGCUGGUAAUUAUGUAUUCAGAAUUGUGGAUUUAUUUUUACAGAAUUUUGUAAAAGUUACUAUUCGUCUAAUAAAAGUCACUUCUGCAUCAUUUAACAGCAGUCGUUAUUAUAGGAGUCAUCAGCUGUAAAAUACAUCCACACGCAAAUACAUGAGUGAUAUGAAUUAGAAUUAACUCUCUUUUCAUUAAAUGAAAUAAUUAUGUAA